AUGAAUGAACAGAAUGAACAUUUGUUUAGUCAACUAGUAAAAUUUUCUGACAUUUAUCAUAUUGCAAAAACUUCUUUUGUAAGUCAAUGGAAUAUUGAAUAUUUACAAACUUCUAUUCAAUGCGCUUUCGACGUCGAAAAUGCCUUAUUUAUGAUAUCCGAUGAAGAAGCCGAACUUUUACAUAAAAAACUAGUUUCAAAAGCAAAAGCAGAACGUCGCGUACUGCCUCCACCUUUACCCGAAUUUCAGUGUGCAUAUCAUUUAUUUUAUAGAACUUUAUUAAGAAACAUUUAUUUGCCAAGUGAAUUAUCCUUUUAUGUUUUGAAUACUUAUGAAUUUCUGAACUAUGGUCUAUUUUCAAAACAAGAAAAUAUUGCUGAGGAUGUACAAAUGUUCGCCAAACCUUUAGCAAUGGCCGAUGUCCUGGCUGGAAUUCAAGUAGCUUUAUUAGAAGGAUUAUCUCAGAUAAAAUCUCACAAUAAGGAACAAGUUCCUCGUAUGACCGCGCUGAAACAUGAAUAUUCUUAUAAACUUUUGCAUACAACUAUCACAAGACGUGCUGCAGCUAGAUUACUUUUAAAAGAUUUUGCCAAAUUCUUUAAUGAUGGACAAAUUGACUCAGAUGGUAUUGACCAAAUUAGUAACGUCUUACAUCAUUCAACUCGAUCAUCUGAUGGAAUGCCAAAUGAAGGGGAUUUGCAAAUUUCUUCCGAAUUGAACCUUAUUUUGCUUAAUUGGAUCACUUCAUUUGCUAACAUCGAUACGAGUCAACAAUUAUUAAGUUCAACAACUUCCUUAGAAUCUGGUGUCUGGCAGUUACAUCCUUGGUUAUUAUCUCGACUCUCUUUUAUCCAUCAUCCAUUUUUUGAGAUUUAUUCACAAAUGUUAAUUCAAUGCACACGACGAGAGCAACAACAUAUGUAUGACAAUUUUUCGUCUUAUUCAAAAAGACUUUAUGAUUCGAACUUGAAUGAUACUCAUCGAAGGCUUAAGAGCUUACUUUGUCAUUGGGAGUUGUUACAUCAACAAUUUAGAGACGGAAAAAGGCUUGUUACUGAUCUAUUACAGCAAGAAUGGUUCAUUUUCAAAGGAAGAAUAUCUAGUCUACAAGCAAUAAUCAAGUAUAAUGUUUUUGUUUUAUGCAUAUCCAUUAAUACACUUAUGUAA